GCUGGCGGGGGCCGGCUUCGCCAGUCCGCCGGGCGGCCGGCGGGUGCAGUGCGGCGGCGGCGGUUGCUGGCCUGAGCGGCACGCUGCGGCGCGGCGCGCGGACAGGUGGGGGCGGGCCCGAGUGCGCGGACAGGGUAUGAGUGAGGGCAGCGUGGGCCUCGGCGCUGAACGUGAGCCCGUGGGGUGCUAUGGUGCUGGACUCGGGUGCCCAGGGAUACGAGAGGGCCCCAGAUGCCCUCCCUGCCUGCCCCCCACCCAGCCCCAAACCUGCGCCCAGUGAUAGGAAGUUCCUGGACCAGGAUGGAGGGCGACCGGUCCCCUCCCCUCCCCAACCGGCAACCUCGAGCUCCCACCUGAACCACCUCUCGGAGUCGGAGCACCCGGGUCCUCCCCCGGCCCAGGCCACCCCCCGGUCUCGUCCAGAGCUGCAGCACCUGUCGGAAUCCCGCAAGAGCCGCUGUGGUAGGAUACAGCGCAGCGAGAGCUCCUGCAACGUUAACAGCGCUGGGGGGUCCCGGGGACAGGGAGGAGGGCAGAUCCGUAGCGCCACCUCCCUGCCCCACAUCGCCAAGACCAGGCCGGGCGACGGCUGGGGCGGCAGCAGCAAGAGCCCCUGCCUGCUGGUGGCCCUGCGACCGUGCAACUUGAAACCUGAGCAGGACAAAUUCUUCCAGUCGCAGUUCACUUACAACCCUCAGUUUGAGUACGAGGAGCCGCUCCCCGUGGCCACUCUUGACAAAUACCGGAAUGCCUCGGACCAGUUCACCGUGCAGGCGGUGGGCAUUAUCCGAGCUGUGCUGGAAAAAUUUGGCUCCUACGAACGCUUUGAGGCUGCCACAGGCGGACGACUGCUUAGUAAAUGCCAGAUCUGGGCCAUCGUGCGCAAGUACCUACAGAAGGAAGGCUGUGCUGGUGAGGUGGUGGUGCAGCUGACGGAGGACCUUCUAUCCCAGGCAGUGAUGAUGGUGGAGAAGAGUCGCCCCACGCUGGCCAUCAACCUGGCGGGCGCCCGCCAGCACUGGCUGGAGGGCAUGCUGCGGCACGAGAUAGGUACCCACUAUCUCCGUGGCGUGAACAAUUCCCAGCAGCCGUGGCGCAGUGCUGAGGGCCGGCAGAAGUACGGGCUGCGGCCUGCCAACCCCACGGAAGAGGGCCUGGCCAGCCUGCAUAGCGUGCUCUUCCGGCGGCAGCCCUUCCUGUGGCGGGCGGCCCUGCUCUACUACACUAUCCAGCGGGCUGCCCACAUGUCAUUUUGCCAGCUCUUCCAGGACCUAGGGCAGUUUGUACAGGAUGCCAACGUACGCUGGGAAUACUGUGUUCGGGCCAAACGAGGCCAGACAGACACCUCCCAGCCGGGCUGCUUCAGCAAGGACCAGGUGUACCUGGAUGGGGUCCUGCGCAUCCUAAGGUACCGGCAGACCAUCGACUUCCAGCUGCUAGCAGCUCUGGGCAAGGUGUCCUAUGAAGAUGUGGACCAGCUUCGGCCGUUCGGGGUCCUGGAGCAGACGCGCAUCCCCCACUUCAUGCAGGACCUGGAGAUUUACCGGCAGCAGCUGGAGCACAUUAUGGCCACUAACAAGCUGGAUGAGGAGGAACUGGGCCGGCUGCUGCCAGACUAAUGGGGCUGGGCAUGGAGGGCUUGGGGAGGGGCCCAGUAUAGCCAUUGGGUGGCA